AUGUACACUGGUGGUCACGCUCAGAUGUCUUCCAACUUCUCUUCCCAGCCCGGCAGUGGUCUCCCGAUGGCCCCUGCAGGUCUUUCCUCGCGCCGCGGUAGCCAAAACAUCAAGCCGCUCUCCUUCGAUGCUCCCAAUCACCAGCCAGUCCACGACAACGGUGCCCCUACCCCGCGCACCAGCCGGUCUCAUCUUCUAGCUGGCCUUCGCACUGCUCCCAAGUCUGCCACUGCCACUUCCUUUGCUCCCGCUUCCCCCACAGCCCAACAGUUUGCUAGAAACAGUAGGGCUGCGAACCUGCACGGUUACGCUCAGGACAGCUACUACAAUGCUCCCAAGACGGCUUAUCCUCAGUACGCCUCUCAGCAGCAGCAGCAGCAACCUGCCUACCACGCUGCUCUGAAUCAGCAGUACCACGUCGAGCAGGUUUUGGCCCCUCCUGAGCUCUCGAUGGAAGAGCAGGCCCAGGAUCCCAACCUGUACGCCCAACUCGUCGCCACAAACAUGUACCUUGCCCAGCGUCAGCAGCUCCUGCAGCAGCAGCUUAGAAACGUGCAGGCCGCUGCCGCCCAGCACGCCGCCCAGCAGCAGUUCCAGAACCUCAACAUCAGCAGCCCUCAGCUGCACCAUAUGUCGUCUUUCGAGCAGCAGCAGCAGCAGCAGCUCCAGGCUGCCAUGAGCCAGGGCCAGCAGCUCUACUUCAACCAAGCUACUGGCCAGUACUUUGUGGACACCACCGCUUCUGCUCCCUCCCCCAUGCACUACCGUGAUAGCAGUGCCUCAUCCUUUAACAGCCUUCAGCAGCUCCAACUCCAGCUCCAACAGCAUCAACAGCAGCAGGGUCUUCCUCGCGUUCAGGUUUCGCCUCCCCCGGAGCCUCAGCGCAGCUCACUCCGCAGCGUAUCUCCUCCCAAGCGAUUUGACUCUCCCGCGGAGCCGACCCCUCUGCCGCCCCCCUCCGCCAUGGCGUUCCGUCGCGGCCAUAAGAAGGCCUCGUCACUGGCCCCGGUCAACAGCGUUCUCGCCUCUGCCCUGAGUUCUUCAGACGGCCCCAAGUCUGCUGGCCCCAAGACUGCCUCUUUCCCCAUCACUCCCAUGACUGGUGGAUAUGGCCCUGGCCAGGGUCGCGCUGGUGAACAUCCUGUUCGUCAACCCCGCGGCCCUCCUUCUCUUGACGAGCUCAAGGCGAAACCUACCGCCAAGCACGAGGGUUCCAAGAACUUUGCUACUCGCACCCGACGCUCUGCUGUUCACAAUCUAGUGCGCGCUGGCAUGUCUCGCCGCAAGGGCACUAGUAGUGCAUCCGGCAGCAUGAGUCCCGUUUCCGAGACGGCUGAGGAUUCUGGCUCUCCCAUCACUGACAAUGACUCGGACUCUGGCCGUAGCGGCUCUGGCAGUCUGGUUGGCGAGGAAGAGUGCACCAGUUCUAGGACCUCGGCUAGCGGCGGUUGGGGAGCUAUUGGCUCCGAUCGCCCUGGCUCUCGCCAGAUGACUCGCAAGAGCGAUGCCUCCGACGCCACUGGCAGCUUUGCCUAUGUUUUCAAGAAGGAGAACGACUCUGUCGACCUGCAGCGCAAAGCCCCGAGGAUGGUGCUCACCAGCGUGGAGAAGCGCAAGACUGCUCCUGUCGCCUGA